AUGGGCUGGCAGGCUGGAGUGGGGGAGACCCACACACUCACUUCUGUCUCUAACUCCUCACUGGACACAAUUCAAACUCCCCACUACAAUGCUGGGAGCAGAGAGGAUGGGUGCCACGGACACACGUGGAAAUGUGAGCCCUGCAGGAAAGCGGAGCACACAGGAAAGGGCUCCAGCUACCGCUGUGGAGAAAAAAAAGAGAACUGGAUGAAGAUUUUUACUUCAUGGAUAAAGACUGUAGAACACUUGGGACUUCAGAUAUGCUUUAACUUGAAAUCAAGGAAUGUAGAAAUCAGGACAUGUGAAGAAACCAAAGAUGUUCGUGGACUGACCAAAGCUGCUGACUUUGUGAAAGCCUUUUGAAUCCUCCGGUUUCCGUUGGAGGAUGCUCUUGCCCUUAUUGGGCUGGAUGACCUCUUCCUAGAGGCUUUGAUGGAAAUUACUGAUGUGAAGUCCCUUAAGGGACACCACCUAUCUCGAGCUAUUGGAAGAAUUGCUGGCAAAAGAGGAAAAACAAAAUUUACCAUAGAGAAUGUGACCUGGACGCAGAUUGUUUUAGCUGAUGUGAAAGUUCACAUCCGUGGCUCUUUCCGAAACAUCAAGAUGGCAAGAACUGCCAUUUGCAACCUCAUCCUGGGAGAUCCUCCUUCAAACGUCUAUGGCAACAUUCGAGCUGUGGUUAGUAGAGCAGCAGAUCAGUUCUGGUUGUGA